ACAGACAUGCGCCACCGUGCCUGGCUGAAAAAGGAAUUUUUAAGAUUGAAGAGAAAGAUAUUUCAUGCAUUCUUAGAAAAUGGGAUGCGUGAACUACAUACCAAAGAAUGAGUAAGAAUUAAAGACAGUGUGAGGACUGGAGUGAUACAGGCAGAGGACAUGGCACACAUAAAAAAAUAACAUGGCAGGAAUGUUCACAAUUCAUGACUAGUAUCCUCAAGGCUGUGGCUAAUAGGUUAGUACAUGAGGUAGGACAGGUCUGUCAGGGUCCAUCAUGUGAAGUCCCCUUAUAUUAAAGAGUUUGGGCAUUUAUUAUUUAAAGGAAGCAAACAAAGGAUUUUAGGCAAGCAUGAGAUAUACUAGAAAUUAUAUUUUAAAUCACUCCUUGCAGUAGUGUAGCAGAUGAAUAAAGGGUGGAUUUAGUAGAAGGAAUCUACUAGAAUGUAAUUGAAAUAAUUCAAGUAAAAUGAUGAAACCUCUAAUCAGAAAUAAAGGACUUGAAAAGAAAUGGUUUGGGAAGAGAUGGCUUUGAGAGAGCAUGGAAGUGAAAUCUUUAGGAUUUUCUAACUGGUCAGGUGUUACUGUAGGGAUGGUUCUAGAAUGCAGAGCAGAAGGGAGUAUUCAGAUAAGGAUGAUUGAGAUUCCUAGGUUGGGCAUAUUAUUCUCAAGGAAUACAGAAGGUGGAUUAGGUCUGCAGUAAAUUUGGUUUUGUACCAGCUUUAUUGAAAUAUAAUUCACAUACUAUAUAACUCAUUUAAAGUACAAGUCAGUGGUUUUUGGUAUAUUUGCAAAAUUGUACAGGUCUCACUCUAAUUCCAAAACAUUUUCGUCAUUCUAGAAGGAAACCUUGUACCAGUUAUCAGUCUCACUCAUUUCUCCCCAAAUUCCCCUAUCCUAGGUAACCACUAACCUAUUUUUCCUCCUCUAUAUAUUUGACUUUUCUAGGUAUAUAAAUGGAACCAUACAAUGUGUGGCCUUUUGUGUCUGACUUCUUUCACUCAGCAUAGUAUUUCCAAUGCUCACAAUUAUUUAUUUGAAAAGCAUUUCUUAAGAUUUAUCUGAUCAGUAGCUGUAGCAGUACAGCAGUGAAUAAAAUAAAACAAUGUCUUUUCUUAUGAAACUCCCAUUUUCGUAGUGAGAAAUAAGCCACAGAUAUAGCAACUUCAUGUAGCUGUAAGUAUUAUUCCUAAGUGAUGCUGGAUUGUUGUCUGCUGUGAAGAACAAAUUAGAGGAGGUCAAGAAAAAGCCUAUGAGAAGGCAACAUUGGAACUGAAACCUAAAGAUACAAAGAAGCCAAUCUUAUCUGAAAGCAGAGCAUUCCAGAAAGAGCAGAUAGAUGCAGAGGACUUGUGGAAACUAGUUUGACAUUGAAUGUGAGGUUCCUGGCAGUAUCCCAGUGUCAGGAGUAUAUAUUAUUAGAGAUCUAGAAUUAAGAAGAAUAAUAGGACUGGGAAUGUGGUUCUGUGCUAGAGCACUUGCUUAACAUGCACAAGGCCCUAGGUUCAAUGCCCAGCUCUGCAAAAAAGAAAAGAACCUGGAUUACAAACAGGCUCGUUAGUCAUGGACAUGUCAGAAACAUGAGAAUGAAGAUCAUGAAGUUGAGAAGGCCAAGGAGGGAACCCUCAGCAUAUCAGCAUUCAAAAAGGAGCUGGGCAAGAAGUAGGAAGAUCAUGUAUUAUUCUGGAAUUCAAAGGAAGAAAAAUAAUGUUGGACUGUGGAAUCCACCCUGGCUUAGAAGGAAUGGAUGCUCUUCCUUAUAUUGAUUUGAUUGACCCAGCUGAGAUUGAUCUUCUGUUAAUUAGUCAUUUCCAUUUGGAUCACUGUGGAGCUUUGCCCUGGUUUCUGCAGAAGACAAGUUUCAAAGGAAGAACAUUUAUGACUCAUGCCACAAAAGCUAUUUAUAGAUGGCUUCUUUCGGAUUAUGUCAAAGUUAGUAACAUAUCAGCAGACGACAUGCUAUAUACUGAGACAGAUUUGGAAGAAAGCAUGGACAAAAUUGAAACCAUCAACUUCCAUGAAGUUAAGGAAGUUGCAGGAAUCAAGUUCUGGUGUUACCAUGCAGGUCACGUCCUGGGAGCAGCCAUGUUCAUGAUUGAGAUCGCCGGUGUAAAGCUUUUGUACACGGGUGAUUUCUCAAGACAAGAAGAUAGACACUUAAUGGCAGCUGAAAUUCCUAAUAUCAAGCCUGAUAUUCUUAUUAUUGAAUCUACUUAUGGGACUCAUAUCCAUGAGAAACGUGAGGAGCGAGAAGCAAGAUUCUGUAACACCGUCCAUGACAUUGUAAACAGAGGGGGCAGAGGGCUCAUUCCUGUCUUUGCCCUCGGAAGGGCUCAGGAGCUGCUCUUGAUUCUAGAUGAGUACUGGCAGAAUCACCCAGAACUACAUGACAUCCCAAUAUAUUAUGCAUCGUCUCUGGCCAAGAAGUGUAUGGCUGUGUACCAGACGUAUGUAAAUGCCAUGAAUGAUAAAAUCCGAAAGCAGAUCAACAUCAAUAAUCCCUUUGUUUUCAAACACAUUAGCAACCUGAAGAGCAUGGACCACUUUGAUGACAUCGGUCCCAGUGUUGUAAUGGCCUCUCCUGGCAUGAUGCAAAGUGGCUUAUCCAGAGAGUUGUUUGAAAGCUGGUGUACUGAUAAGAGGAAUGGUGUCAUUAUAGCAGGGUACUGUGUAGAGGGGACACUUGCCAAGCAUAUCAUGUCUGAACCUGAAGAAAUCACUACCAUGUCUGGGCAGAAGUUACCACUGAAAAUGUCUGUUGAUUACAUUUCUUUCUCUGCUCACACAGAUUACCAGCAAACCAGUGAAUUUAUUCGUGCUUUGAAACCGCCUCAUGUGAUUCUAGUCCAUGGAGAACAGAAUGAAAUGGCCAGACUGAAAGCAGCACUGAUUCGAGAAUAUGAAGAUAAUGAUGAAGUUCACAUAGAGGUUCACAAUCCUCGGAAUACAGAGGCUGUGACCUUAAACUUCAGAGGAGAAAAACUAGCCAAGGUCAUGGGCUUUUUAGCAGACAAAAAACCAGAACAAGGCCAACGGGUCUCAGGAAUACUUGUUAAAAGAAACUUUAAUUAUCACAUACUUUCUCCUUGUGACCUGUCCAAUUAUACCGAUUUGGCCAUGAGCACUGUGAAACAGACCCAAGCCAUACCAUACACUGGGCCCUUUAAUUUGCUCUAUUACCAGCUGCAGAAAUUGACAGGUGAUGUAGAAGAAUUAGAAAUUCAAGAAAAACCUGCUCUGAAAGUAUUCAAAAAUAUUACUGUAAUACAGGAACCAGGCAUGGUGGUACUAGAAUGGCUGGCAAACCCUUCUAAUGACAUGUAUGCUGACACAGUAACAACAGUGAUCCUAGAAGUUCAGUCAAAUCCGAAAAUAAGGAAAGGUGCAGUACAAAAGGCUUCUAAGAAAUUAGAAAUGCACAUUUACAGCAAGAGGUUGGAAAUCAUGCUCCAGGACAUAUUUGGAGAAGAAUGUGUAAGUGUAAAAGAUGGUUCUGUCCUUAGCGUCACUGUGGAUGGGAAAACAGCUAAUAUUAACUUGGAUACACGGACUGUAGAAUGUGAAGAAGGAAGUGAAGACGAUGAGUCCCUCCGAGAAAUGGUGGAAUUGGCUGCACAGAGGCUGUAUGAGGCACUCACGCCAGUUCAUUGACUACCUUUUAUCACUGUGUGUGUUAAAAGCUUUUUUUAAUUGUGAGUCUACUUCUGUUAUUUCAAAUAAAAUACCUUAGUUUUCUGGG